AUGGGCUGCAGCCCAACUGCUGCGAGAGCGGGACUCCGGGUGGUGAUUGGCCGCUCCGCUGUGACAAGCUCGUUUUAUCACUCCCUCCACCCAGUCACACUGCGACUCAUCCGUGUGAAGAUGCACCAACUGCCUUGGUCGAACCUACUUGGGCCCAAUCACAUCUCAUUCCCCUCUUCGACCUCCCUCCCGGGCGCUAAUUCUGGCACGGCGAUGUGA